GCUGUUUUGGCAGAUGUUUCAAACCAAUACGUGCAAGUAAAGAAGGAAAGAAAUAAUCUCGUUGGUCUUCUUCAAUCCGCCGUCCAAACUGCCUCCUUGACCCGUGAACGCCUCCAGCAACAGGCGAAUGAAUCCGAGAUUCUUCUAACCGCAACUCAAAAGAGCGAUGUUGCGUUGGCGGCCAUUAGAUCCGAGCUCACAAAAAUUUCAAGUCAGAGAGACAACAAAAGACGCGAACUUUGCAAGGCGGCUGAAUACCUAGCUGCUGACAAUGAUCAGAAGGAAGAGAUGAAGUUUAAUCUAAAGAGCUUUGAGUUGGUACUUAAUCGACUCGAAUUGAGCAAUAAGUCGUUGGAAAAAGUGUGUGAAAGGCAUUCCGAAAUGCGGAAAGAACGCGUGGUUUGUAUGAUUGAGAGGAAUCGAGAUAUCUUGAUUUUGAAGGUAAGCAAGAGCUCUUGCGAAGCAAACCAUUUCGGAAGUGGUUUCGAGACUAUUCAGACGCAUCGACUGGAUGUUUUGGGUUAUUAUUUCCAUCAUAAUUUCCCUUCAUACCAAUCUUGCUUAUUCUUUCGUAGUGGUUUGCAUCUCUUGAUAUCUUAG